AUGCUCCGCUGGGUGGUGAAGGAGGUGGAGAGCCCGUACGGGGGCGUCGCCACCGUGCACUGGGCCGUGGGCGAGGGCGGCGAGGGCGACUCGGCGGCCACCGCCGACGCCUGCGAUGCGUCGCUGCAGCAGCAGCUGGAGCCCGCCGAGGAUCAGCUUGGGGCGGUGCUGUGGAACAGCAACACCGUAGCCCUGCGCUACCUGCACGAGCACGUGCUGCGGCGCGAGAGGCUCGCCGGCUGCCGCGUGGUGGAGCUGGGCGCCGGUGUCGGCUGCCUCGGCAUCGCGCUGGCGAUGGCGGGGGCGCGCGUGGUGGUGACCGACCUGAAGGAGCUCGUGCCGCUGAUGCAGAAAAACAUUGAGCUCAACGCGGCGCGGAUACGCGCGCGCAGCAACGGGCAGGGCUCCUGCGCUGCACUCGCGCUGCGCUGGGGGCCUCCGCCGCGGCCGAAGAAGUCCAAGCGGCAGCGAAGCGAGGUGGCCCCGCCGGGGUUGCGGGCGAAGGCCGCAUCGCCGUACGCGGCGCCGUCGCCGUCGUUUUUGGCGCUGCAGCAGGCGUUGGACCGCGUUGACCUUGUGGUGCUCUGCGACGCUCUCUACGGCAACCCGCGGGACUGGCCGCAGCUGCUCUACACCCUGUCGGAGAUCCUCGCGGCGAACCCAAACUGCGAGGUGGUCAACUUCUGCGAGCAGCGCGUGGACGACGUUGAGGGGGACUUCCUGCGACUGCUGCAGCGGGAAAACAGCAGAAGUCUGCCGUCCGCCGCGGCGGCGGGGAAGGCGGACGCGGAAGACGCAGAAGAAGAGAGCCUGGAGUCGGCGUUGACGCGAAUGCGAGGGGCGUACGAGUGGCAAAGCUCGACGGAGUCUGUGCGUGAAGGGACGAGCGACUUGGACAUGGCCGUCCGCGCCACCCGCAUCCGCUGGGCGCCGCGGGGGCAAACGCGACCGCCUCCCCCCCACCUUCCCCCCCGGACGCCACCCAUAACCGCCGUCUGUGACGGCGACGAGGCCGAGACGGGCGCCCCGCGGCGAAAGCGCAGGAGGACGGCAUCAUGA